AUGAAAUCGAAACUCGCUGUUCGUGGAGUGGACGGCACCGAUGGAGAAGGGGGAGGGCGCUUGCUGUGGGAGCUGUCGCCCGGCCUUGAGGAGGAAUCGGAGGAGUCUAGGGUCGUGGCGUGCACGAUUCUAUGGCGUGAUGGGAAUCCACUGAGCCACGCCGUGGGCAAGGAGCUCCGCCGUCAGCCGCCGCAUUUUCCUGAUUCGGGUCACCCCCGUCUUAAUGGGCUAGAUGAUGGAGCUACGGAGGACAAAAAGUACCAUCUUCGUAAGGCGGCCCCAAACACCACCACCAGCUCAGCCUUCCGCCGCCACCUCAAUCACCUUAGAAAGACAACGCCUCACCUGAUUAGACCACACCCACCGCCGCCAUCGCGAAGGAUUCCAUCCCUUCACCGCAAUUUUCACCAGAAAGAUCUCAACAACACGCAUCCCGGCCACCGCCACCACCACUGA